AUGUCCCAAAUAUUGCAAAACCGAAAGACGAUCCUCGUGACCGGCGCAACAGGCAAACAGGGAGGCGCCGUCAUUGCAGCUCUUCUUGAAGCCGGUGCUGGGAAAACGCACAACAUCCUGGCCGUCACUCGCAACCCCUCCGCUGCAGCAGCCAAGUCGCUACAAAAUCGAGGUAUCAAGAUAGUUCAGGGUGAUCUCAACGAUGUCCCUGCCAUUUUUUCAGCUGCAAAGGCGUCACUGGGCGAAGCUGCGUCGGAGAUCUGGGGUGUCUACAGCGUCCAGACUGCUAUAGGCAAAGGCGCGUCGGCAGAGUCAGAAGAAAGACAAGGAAAGGCUCUGGUUGAUGAGUCUAUCGCAAACAACGUCAAAUUCUUCGUCUACUCAUCCAUCGAUCGCGGCGGCGACGCAUCCUUCGACAACUUCGUGCCCGAAGUUCAACACUUACAGAGCAAGUACCGAAUCGAGCAUCACCUCGUCGAGAAGGCAAAGGACAAGAUGAACUGGACCAUUCUCCGCCCGGCCGCCUUCAUGGACAACAUGAUCCCGGGAAUGGAGGUCAAGAUCAUGGCGACCUCUUGGAGAGUUGCUGUCAGAGAAAGGCCGCUACAACUCACGGCAAUCAAAGACAUUGGAUGGUUUGCGGCACAGGCGUUUCUCCAACCGCAGGAGUACUCUGGCAAGCAGGUUCCCAUCGCAGGGGAUGAACUGACCCUUGACCAAGCGAACGUUAUCUUCAAGCGGAAGGUUGGCACCGAGAUUCCCGAGACGUUCCAGUUUCUUGUUAGGUUUAUGCAUUGGCUUAUUGCGGAUUUCGGAGCAACCUACAAGUGGUUUCGUACUGAUGGUUUUGGCGUGGACAUCCCUUCAGUCAGGAGACAGCAUCCUCAAUUGUUGAACUUUGAUCAAUGGCUGGAGUUGGAAAGUCAAUUUGUCGAAAGGAAGGACACAUAG